AUUAUGAACAUUCACCUUGAUACUUCCCUUAACAAAAUAGAAGAGCUCUUUUAUAACCGUGAAUAGAACUUAAACUAAUUUCAAUUCAAUAUGCUAUAGUUCAAACUUAAUGGAUAUAAAGAAAAAAAACUCUUAAAAGAUUAAACAUUAAUAGAAACUAAUUUGAAUGAUGGAAAAUAUAAUCAAUCUGCAAUAUUAACAGGAAAAGCUGCUGAUCUCAUUAAAAAGCUCACAAGUAAAAAAUAAAUAAUAUUAAGAUGAACAAUUUAUUAAUGUGAAUUCUAUGGUAAUUUAAUUAAUAAAAUGGAAGCUAGCUUAUAUAAAAAAAGAAUAAACAUACUUAAUUAUUAUAUAUGAAUUUAUAGAUAUUGCUUCUCUUAAUGGAGAUUUAAAUUUAUUUACUCAUUAUUAAGUAGAUUAACAAAUUCCAGUUUAAAGAAAGGUUAAACUAUUCAUACAAAAGAAUAAACUAAAUAGAAAUACUUCACCUAAUACAUCUUCAAUGAAAAAAGUGAAAAUUGAAAAUUCAACUUUUUGUUAAGGCUCCUUUAUCAUUGAUGAUAAUCUAUUAAAUCUCUCAAUUUUAGAUACCCCCGCUUGUAUAAAAUAAUAAAUUCAGUUCAAAGAACAUUAACAAUAACAAUAAAUUUAAUAAUAAGAAAUCAUAAAAAUUUCUUCGAUGUAUCCUAAUAUGAAAAAAUGGGUUUUGGAGGGAAGAAUUAUUUUCAAAUCAUAAUAAUUAGAUUUUAGAUGUAAAAGAAGUGAAACAAUUAAAAAAUAUUUUAAAAUAAUAAUUUUAGACUGUGAAUAAGAAAUUAUAACUGGCUUAUUCUUCGAAGCUAUAAACAAAUUCUUUUCUUUAUUAUAAGAAGGGAAGGUUUAUACUUUUAAAAAUGGAUGCAUAGGUCAAGAUAAAACUAAUGGUACCAAAAAAAUAAAUUUUAAUGAAUAUUCCAUAAUUACAGAAUCCUAAAAUUAUAUUAUCCCUUCUCUCCCAUAAUUUAAUUUUUAAACUCUUUAAGAAAUUGAAACCUUAUAACAUAAUACCAUUGUCGAUGUAGUUGGUGUUAUUUAAGUAAUAAUAUAAAAUAUUGUUAGGGAAUUAAAUAAAGUUCUGAAAUUUGUAAAUCAUUUAUCAUCUUGGAUCAUACAGCAAGAUUGACUAUUAAACUUUGGGGUUAAUAAUAUGCUGAAGUAAAUUUUUAAAAGGGUGAAAUUAUUGUGUUUAAAGGGUUAAAGUUUUAGAAUACUAAUUUUAAAUCGUUAAAUUCUGAUUUUUAAACAAUGAUUAUACAAAAUCAAAAUUUAAAUGAGUAAUCAAUUAUUAUAGAUUUUAGAGUGAAAAAAUUAAAAAGUUGGCUGGCAGGUAAAGAUAUUGAUACAAUAAUGAAACAGAAUUCGGAUAAUUCAACUAUAAAUCUUUCAUAAUUAGAGCAAUAUGCAUUUCAACUAUUAAAUUAAGGCAAGAAUUAAUAAGCUACUUAUAAAUACAUUUUUGGUUACAUUAUAGAAAUAAAUGAUUACAACAAUAUGUAUCCAAGCUGUCCAAAUAUCCGAUGCAAAUCUAAAAUGGAAGAAAUAUCAAGUAGAAAAACUUUUAGAUGCAAGAAGUGUUUAUUAGAAAAUGAUUCCCCAAAGUUUAGUUUUAUUUUAAAAGUAACAAUUAUGGAUGAAUUUACAAAUAUUAAGGCAGUUAUUUUCGAUGAAAUUGCAGUCAAAUUACUUGGAGUAACUGCUGAUUAACUUAGAUCAAUAAAUUCAGAAGAUUAAAGGAAUAUAUUUUUAUCAAAAGCUUUCUCUUACAAGAAAAUGAAGAUUUAGAUUUAAUUCAAAGAUUUUUAAGGACAAACAUAGACAUAAUAUAAUGUUUAAGAAAUGAUUGAUGUAGAUUACAAGCUACUAGCGCUAUAAGCUAUCGAAACUUUAGAUGAAGUAGAUAAUCUGUUGAAUUUAUCGCUAAUUUUGUGA